AUGGCUCUCGAGGCCAUUAAUUUUCAAGAAGAUAUGGCUGUCGAAGCCAAUGGUGACUUAAAAGAUGAACUGGCCUUGGAGGCUAGUGAGCCUUUGAGGGCUGUCAAAGGCCAAAUAGUGGUUGACUUCCUUGCUGAUCAUUCAGUGGUUGAAGUUUCGAUAACAUAUGUAGAAUCUGAGCCUUGGGUGUUAUACUUUGAUGGCUCGAAGCACAAAUAUGGUACAGGAAUUGGAAUCUUAAUCAUCUCUCCUUUAAGGAUUCCAACAAAGUUUAAGUAUAAGAUUAGUGGAACUUGCUCCAAUAAUGAAGCUGAGUACGAGGCUUUAAUUGCAGGCCUAAAGAUUCUUUUAGACUUGGGGGCAAAACAUGUUAAAAUCAGAGGAGAUUCUGAGUUAGUGAUAAAGCAAUUGACAAAGGAAUACAAAUGUAUUCAAGAACAUCUGAUGAAAUACUUUGUUAUUGCCUUCUCUUUACUAAAACGGUUUGAUUCAUGUGAUAUUCAACAUGUACCUCGAAUCGAGAACCAGGAAGCAAAUGAUUUAGCUCAAAUUGCUUCUGGCUAUAAGGUAACAAGAGAGAAAUUAGAAGAAUUAGUUGAAAUCAAAGAAAAACUAAUCUCAUGUGAAGCGAUACCCCAUCAGCUGGGGGCAAACGAACAAAGCGUCGAAAUCGAGUCAGAAAUAGUGGAUACACACUUCGAUGAGGUGAUGACUGAAGUCUUUGUCAUUGACAAUUUGGCUGACAAUGAUUGGAGACAACCCAUUGUUGAAUACUUAGAAAAUCCAAUAGGUACAGCUGAAAGAAAGGUUAAAUAUAGAGCCUUAAGUUACACAAUCAUGGGAAAUGAGUUAUUUAAGAAAACACCGGAAGGGGGGAUAUAUUGGCCUUCCAUGCUUAAGGAUUGCAUAGAAUAUGCAAAAGGGUGUCAAGAGUGUCAAAAACAUGCAGGGAUACAACAUGUUCCAGCAAGUGAAUUGCACUCGAUUGUCAAACCUUGGCCUUUUAGAGGCUGGGCCUUAGAUUUAAUUGGUGAGAUUAGGCCUGCUUCAUCAAAGAACCAACGUUAUAUAUUGGUGGGGAUCGAUUAUUUCACCAAAUGGAUAGAAGCCAUUGCUCUAACAAAUGUAGAUCAAGAAACGGUGAUCAAUUUUGUCCAAAACCAUAUUAUUUAUAGAUUUGGGCUUCCUGAAACGAUCACUACAGACCAAGGAACAGUGUUUGUUGGUCGCAAAAUGCAAGAUUUUGCUGAACAAUCAGGUUUCAAACUAAUAACUUCGACGCCGUAUUAUGCUCAAGCAAAUGGACAAGUUGAAGCAGCUAACAAGAGGCAACUAGAAUUACCUCCUGAUCAUUAUUGGAAUUUGAUGUUAGAUGAGUUAACAGAUGUGGAUGAGGAGAGGUUACAGGCGUUGGAUGCUUUAAUUCGACAAAAGGAAAGAAUUGCUAAAGCGUACAAUAAAAAGGUUAAGUCUAAAACCUUUGACUUAGGAGAUUUAGUUUGGAAAGUUAUUCUUCCCAUGGAUAGAAGAGAUAGAGUCUUUUGA